CCACGUUCACUGAUCCAAGGAGACCCAAGAUACUUCUUGUUGCCAAAAACGCCCAAGCUGAGCCACACCCAGGAGAGAUAACCGUGCGCGCGCGUGCCACAGCCGCGCGCCCCUCGCAACAUGUGUGGCCGUCGCGGCCCCGUCGCUGAGCAUCAACCAAUCACCGCCCGCCUUGCAUUGCUGGAGCGAGCGACACAGAUAUGAUGAUAUAGCCCCGGGGCUCAUCCGCAACCCUGUGGUCGCCAGCGACACUGCUAGUAACCUCGACCUCCCUUCCUCCCCAGCAACCGAUCCUCAUCUCCGCCUGCAGCAGCAGCAGCAGCCAUGGCGGCCUCCACGGCACUCUCCACCGCCGCCAACCCCACCCAGCUCUGCCGCCCCCGCGCCUCUCCCAACAAGCCGGCCGUCAAGGGCCUGGGCCUCGGGACGGGCCGGGACCGCUUCUCCCAGCGGCGGAGCAGCAGCAGCGUCACGUGCCAGGCGGCGAGCAGCAUCCCCGCCGACCGCGUCCCCGACAUGGAGAAGCGCAAGCUGAUGAACCUCCUCCUCCUGGGCGCCAUCUCGCUGCCCACCGCCGGCAUGCUCGUCCCCUACGGCUCCUUCUUCAUCCCCGCCGGGUCCGGCGGCGCCGGCGACGGCACGUACGCCAAGGACAAGCUGGGCAACGACAUCAAGUUGGAGGAGUGGCUGCAGACGCACGGGCCCAACGACCGCACCCUGGCGCAGGGGCUCAAGGGCGACCCGACGUACCUGGUGGUGGAGCAGGACAAGACGCUGGCCUCCUACGGCAUCAACGCCGUGUGCACCCACCUCGGUUGCGUCGUGCCGUGGAACGGCGCCGAGAACAAGUUCAUCUGCCCCUGCCACGGAUCCCAGUACAACAACCAGGGCAAGGUCGUCCGUGGCCCAGCGCCCCUGUCGCUGGCCCUGGUGCACGUCGACGUCGACGACGGCAAGGUGCUCUUCGUCCCGUGGGUGGAGACCGACUUCAGGACCGGCGAGGACCCCUGGUGGAAGGCAUAAGCGGCGGCGUUGUACUGUCUGCCAUCUCAGAGGACGUUACGUUACUGCUGGCUUCCAGAUUAUAUAUGUACACAACAGGCUGUAUGAAACAAGAACACAUGCUUCUCAUCAGAUCUGCAUAUAUAUAACCUGAACAGGUCAUAGCCUGAACUCCUGGUGUGUUCUCA